AUGAUGGGACGCGGACAGACCGUCGACGUGGGCAAACUGCCGAGCGCGACGAUGGGCAUGACGCAACCGUUGGAGUUCGUCAGCACAUCAGGGAGGCACGUGGUGGGAAAUGUUCAUGGCGUCGUUUACCACGGCGCGCUCUCCACUAGCAGUGGCAAGGCCGCGGCGAUGAGUCGUCGCGGCGACGGUACGACUCGGCGGCGCACGGGUAUUUGA